AUGUAAUUUAAUGUGUUAACACAAUAGGUUUACAAGCAAUUCAUCGAAUUAAGCUAAAUCGAAGUCUAGAAGUAUACAGCUGUCUGUUGGAUUGCCACAAUAAUAAUAUUUAAGUGGAAUUAGAAUUAAGUAGAAUAAGUAGAAUUAAUAAAAGUCGUCUUGAGUGCAUUUGUUUUCAAUUAAAAUAGAAACGUCUCUAUGAGGAAACAUUUAGCACAAUUUAUUCUCAGUACUAGUGUGUAAAUAGAGAUGAUCUCCCUGUGACCCUGAAGAGGAGUUCAUCUGAUCAUAGUGCUAUUGUCUCCUGAAUAAGGUUUGUUCUAGAGGUCAGUAUCUGAUCGUAGAACAAAACGACUGGCUUUGAAUUGUUAAUGCGAUGUUCCCGAACACAGAGGAUGUGACAAAUAAGAUUGAAAAAUACAGCGUGAGAAAAUGGUGAACUGGAUUUAAAGGUACAAUGGAAAGUCAUAGGAGUGAGGUCACAGAUGGCACCGUUAAGUGGAUGAUCACGCUGAUCGAUACAGACAGAUAAUAAUGAGUAACCAAUGCACGCGCACGUCUAAUCUCAGCAUCACUGUCAUCCACCGGUCACCCGCUUCAUCGGAUUAAACGUUAUCGCUCAUGAUAAUCAACACGUCGAUGAUAAUUCUCAACACAUUGACCUCCGUGCUGAUCCUGGUUACACAUGUUUAUUGUUAACUCACUCACGGGGAACGAAGUAAGCUCGUUUCAGGAUUAGAGCCAACCACCCCACGAGAACCGGGGGUAUAAAUAGUGGAGGCGCGCCACCCUCCGCUCAGUCCCUUUACGCACGGGUCAGACUCGGUCGGAGCAGGCGAAUCUCGUGUCCGAAAGAAAAAAGAAGCGCAGCCUCGGGUUGUAGAGGGACAUUUCAGCGUCGGUCGAUUCGCUCCCUGCUCCGGAACCUUCGUGGAAGCGAUGACUAUGUCGGUGGUGAGCGCCGUGCCGUUCAUGAAGCCGCUCCACAUGCGCUCCCCGGUGCCGCAGGGGCGCCGGCACACGCUGCCCGCCAGCGAGUUCCGCUCCCUCAGCCCGGAGGAUGCCAUCAGUGUGUUUGAGAUCGAGAGGGAAGCAUUCAUCUCCGUGUCCGGUGAGUGCCCUCUGCACCUGGACGAGGUCCGUCACUUCCUCACCCUGUGCCCUGAGCUGUCUCUUGGCUGGUUCGAGGAGGGACGUCUGGUGGCUUUCAUCAUCGGCUCACUGUGGGACCAGGACAGGCUUACCAUGGAUGCGCUGACUCUCCAUAAGCCGCUCGGCACCACUGUUCACAUCCACGUUCUGGCCGUCCACCGGACCUUCCGCCAGCAGGGCAAAGGCUCCAUCCUGAUGUGGCGCUACCUGCAGUACCUGCGCUGCCUGCCCUUUGUGCGCCGUGCUGUGCUUAUGUGUGAAGACUUCCUGGUCCCUUUCUACCAGAAGUCGGGUUUCAAGGUGCAGGGCCCCAGUGACAUCACAGUCGGGCCCCUCAUCUUCACCGAAAUGUCCUACUCAGUCAGGGGUCAUGCCUUCAUGCGUCGUAACAGUGGUUGUUGAGGACAGGACUUCGUAUGGAUUCUGCCUGGUGACCAGAAGCGGUGUGGACCGCCCCCCCCCCCCCAACUUGGAAAUAUGAUGAGAAGACAUUUGAGCAGCUUUGCUGUAGAAGCUGCUGCAGUUAUUGUGUCUGAAGAGGGAUAAAAAACUACCAACAGCUGUAUGGAUGCAGUGGUGUUGAAACAACAAUAGAAAAAAAGCAACUAAAAGUGAUACCAGUAGAGCAAAGCCUAGAAAGAAUGCGAGCAUGCAUUCAUUUACUUUUAUUUUGACAAAUGCUGGACAUUUAUUUUUAAUAGAACAUCGCUGCCUUGAGGCCGUCUUAGCCCCUUUUGCAUGUUGAAGCUUAGUAGUAAAUGCCCCUUAUUAUGUUAUAUUCUUCUUUAUAGCGUUGUAUGGACUGCAUCAUGAAGCAGCUUUAUGUGCAGUAAAAUGCCAAACCAAUCUGUUGCUGUAAAGACAAUCUGGAGGAGGGACACAUGUUGAUCAUGUUUGUUGUGUAAGGACAGUAAGAUUGUAGAUGAGGGAGUCAGUCAACCGCUGAUACAAAAGACCACUGCAUUUCAGUAUAUACGUGUUCUAUAGAAAACCUAGCCUUGAUUAGAAUAUGAGCAGAAUAUCAUAAAUGUGGGCCAGCUCUUCCUUGAUCUGCCUCCUUCCUUCUUCUGCCUCCUUAAGUCUUGUGUCAAGACACUUUUUUACUGUUAAAUAAAGAAUUUAUUUUCCUGCAUGUCUGCUGAGGUCUCAGUUACUAUUACAUGUUUUAUUAUCUAUGAAUAACAAUAGUUUUUAGCUUUCUGCACAUCUUACAAUUUCAUCCAAAUUUGCACCACAGAUCUUUUAACUUCCCUUUUUACCUCAGCUUUUCAAGAACCUUUUUUUCCACAGGAGCCAAUUGUUUAAAUUUCUGUUACUGAAAAGGUUUCCUGACUCUGAAGAAAACAUCUCUUUGCAAUGAUGAUGUGAAGUUUCACAUAAACACUUCAUACUAAAGUGAUAUUUAUUAUGAUAUGACUGAACAUUUGUACAUAUAAAUCAAAAUCACAACAGUACCUGAAGCAUGAACUAAAAUAUGUUUAAAACUUUCCCUUUAAUUUCAAUAAACAGAAAAACGUAAAGUCAUUUGGUCCCAACAAACCCACCUGUGAUUGCCGUGUCCUUUCAUGAUUAUGUUGGGUUGUUACAUGCUCUCAUCAGAAGGCACAGUAAAGUGGUUUCUAAAAACAGAAGCGUGCCCACUCACUGUAUGAGGACAGUGUCCUGUGUUUCACACACACACACACACACACACACACACACACACACACACACACACACACACACACACACACACACACACACACACACACACACACACACACACACACACACACACACACACACACAC